CAUGUUUAAGCGACAAGGUCGUAGUUAUUUUGACUUGAACUUGCUCAAGAGUAGUUAUGACUUCAAUUGAAGUUACUUCCCAUCCAGAUUCAUUAAAAUGGGAAAAUUUAUCCAUAGAAACGUAUACUGAAACCCAAUAUACUGCUCAUUCACUCAGCAACAAUUUAUCACCUAGUUUACGACAAACUCAAUUAAAUUUUUCACCUAGUGAAGUAAAAAUAUCCAAAAGAAUUAAAGAUGGUGGCCUGUUAACUUCUCUGAUAUUAGAACAUGCAGACAACUUAACAUCUCUUAAUGAUAUUAUCGCUAAAACACCUAUUAAACAAGAACCAGUCAAUUUUGAAUUGAAUUCAACAAAUCUACAGACUACCACUUUAUCUAGUCCUCGUACCCUGAAACAAACUACCCUAACUGGUGCUGUAAGUCCAUUGACAGAAGAUGCCUUUAAGAAGCCGAGCAGAAAGAAAAAGGCUGGUACUGGAGCUACAAAAAAAUCACAGGUGAAGCGUUCACAUAGUGUUGAUUCAAGUCAACCUAAUGCCAGAGGCAUCAAUUCACGUCAAACACGUAAUUAUAAAUCAUCAAAUGUUAGUCCAAAGAAGAAUAUUCGCCUAGCUGAUAAGUCAGUUGGUGUUGUUGUUCCUUCCUCUUUCCCACCUGCUCUUACUGAUAUUCAACCGGAGAAAUUAGUCAAUAGCAAGAAUAAGCUACAAUAUCAAACACAAUUAACAUCAUAUGGGAUUAGAAGAACAGCUAGACAGUAUGCUAAAGAGAUUGAGCGUGAACGUGAAAACAAUUUCCUCCUUGCAUUAAAAAAUAAUAUUGAAGCUGGUAUGAAGAUCAUUCAUACAGAAGAUAAAGGUCGGGGAAUAAUUGCUACAAGACCAUUUAGUGAAGGUGAAUUUGUUGUUGAAUAUGCUGGCGACUUAAUUCCUGAGAAGUUGGCAAAACAACGUGAAGCUGAAUAUAAACGUGAUCCAAAUAUCGGAUCGUAUAUGUUCUUUUUUGUACAUGCUGGUCAACGUUAUUGUGUUGACGCUACUAAAGAAACACCACGACUUGGUCGCCUAAUAAAUCAUAGUCGGUUAAAACCAAAUUGUGUUGUAAAAGUCAUCCCUGUAGACGGGAUUCCCCGGUUGGCACUGUUUGCACGAAAACCAAUUUCUCCUGGAGAGGAAUUACUCUACGAUUAUGGUGAUCGGGAUAAAGAAAGUCUUGAAGCACAUCCAUGGUUGAAAACAUAGACAAAGCAAUCCAGAAGAAAGCGUCUAAGUGUGUGCGGGUGUGUGCGCUUGCGCUUGCGCGCUCCAACACACAAAGCGUAUCAAGAAAGAUUGUCAGAUUUAUCUAUCGCAAAUAGGUAUAGUAUUAUUAUUAUUUGUCCACCUAUUAUUUCAGAAGAUUAUUCUGAUAAUUUUUCGUUUUUUUUUUAAAAAUUUCUAUUUUUGUAUUCAAUGGAAAUUGUUGUGUUCCUAGUUUAUUCUUCUGUGUUUCCGUUCCGUUCCGUUCCGUUCUGUUUGUUUGUUUGUUUUCUCUAUUUCCCAAAUAUGCAAAUGACUGUCUCAGUGUCAGUGUUACAAGGAAUGGGUUACUCCACCUGCCCAAUGUCAGCGUCUUCUUUUUCUCUUCGAGAGCAUUUUAUCAUAAUGCCAAGCAUUUAAUAUUGUCAUUAUUAUUAUUAUUAUUAUUACCAUUUAUUAUUCAUAUGUAGUGAUAUUCAUAUUGUUAUAAUUGUCGGUGUUAAAGUCUUAUUUUUUAUAUAUUCACAUAUAUGUAUACUCCUACAU